CUCUCUCUCUCUCUCUUCCAAUAUCCUAACCAUCCUACUAGUUACUUCCAAUGGUAUAUCUAGGAUGCUGCUCAUCCCGACCACGCUCCUGACGCUCCGAUGACAAGGAUUUUCAAAAUGAGGGAGGGGGGAGACAAAAAUCGAAUUUCGUUUGACUCGAUUCUCUCGCUCAUUAUGCGAUGCGGCUUCGGGAACGUUGUGCUCUCUUCCCUUUCACCCGGGUUCUGCUACAGGUAGCGGCAACGAUGAUUCUGCACGUAGGUGAGCCGUGGAGAAACUGGUCUGUGUAUUCCAUUUUUUCUCUUCGAUGCACAAAAUGCGCCGCUUUCACAUGGACCUGUUUGAUGAGAUGGCUUCUCACGGCGAUGGUGAUGGUCGAGGUCGUGGUGGGUUGCUGGUGUCACGUCUCUUUGCUCGUUCUGACCAUCUUGCGUAUUAGCCCUUGCGCUAUUGUAGUGGGUGAAUCGACAACCCUGCGAUGUUGUCAGGAGCACCCAUGGCGGAGGCCAUGACUGCAGGUGUGAUGUUCACGUUCUCUUUCUUUGUGAGACAAUUCUCGGCGGUUGACUCGUCCCUCCGAAAUUAUGGCUUGAACUUGAGCUCAGAUACU